AUGGCUUCCACACCGCCAGACCAGACAGCUCUAAUGAAGGAGGUCCUCGGUGCCUUGAAGAGUUUACAAACCAGUCAGGUUCAGUUGGCCUCCAAUAUCGAUGCGAUUUCAGGCCGUGUCAAUGUUCUAGCUGGCAUGAAGGAGGUCAACGAUGUAGCCGUUGACCCCUCACCCCGAGCUCCCAAGAAGAAAGUCGAAAGUGAUGACGCCCAUCCCCACGAGGAUGAAAUAGUCCCUACCUCCCCAUCCCUCUCCUCUGCCCAAAUCAGUGAGGAUAAAGUUACUGCCCAGGCCACUCAUGCCCGCAAAUCAAGCGCUGGCACUUCGCGGAUCAUUCUGACAACCUAUCCCGGCCAAUCCGGCAUUAAUCCACUGCCCAUGGAUUGGGGCCACAUUGAUCCCCAGCAGCGAGGUCCGGUAGUUGUAUCCAGAAACCAGACGACUAUUCGUAGAAGAAAUGCUAUCGGAGCUCAUGGCGGUUCUUACUCAAUUUAUUAUGCCCUCGCUGUUGCCAGCAAGGAGAUCACGUUAGAUCAUAGACCUGACUUCACAAACACCGAACCCGCAGCCAAAGUUGGCCCGUUCCCACAAUGGUCUGACAAGCACAAGAUUGUUUCAAUGGAUCCGCUUGGACAUUUGGCUCCAUGGCUUUUCAAGGAUACGAUAGAAAAGGAGAAUGUCGAUAUUCGACCAUCAAUUGCGAUCACUAGAGCACACAUGAAGCUGCCAGAGCUAGAGCAAAGUGUCAAGGAGGGCCGAUUGGUGCCCGAUGGCAAGGUUUGCUUGAAUGAUUCGGGUGAGCUUGCGGUGACAAAAUUUGCGGUCGAACCUGUCUGGUAUCUCCCGGGAGUGGCGGAGAGGUUUGGGAUCGAUGAAGGCACCCUUCGCAGAUCGUUGUUCGAGCACACUGGGGGAUCGUACCCUGAGUUGAUCACAAGAGGAGACAUCAAGGUCUUCCUGCCCCCAAUAGGUGGUCUUACAGUGUACUGCUUCGGCGACCCAGCAAAGAUGUCAGAUGAAAAAGUACGGUUGGCUUUGAGAGUCCACGACGAGUGUAACGGCAGUGACGUGUUCGGAUCUGACAUAUGCACAUGCCGUCCCUACCUUAUCUUUGGCAUUGAAGAAGCUGUGAAAGAAGCACAAAAGGGCGGAAGCGGGGUGGUUAUCUAUUUCCGCAAGGAAGGACGGGCGCUCGGCGAAGUGACGAAAUAUCUUGUGUAUAAUGCGAGGAAACGCGGAGCGGACCGCGCCUCGGAAUAUUUCCAACGAACAGAGAAUAUCGCGGGGGUGAAGGACAUGCGAUUCCAGGCCCUGAUGCCGGAUAUCCUCCACUGGCUCGGUAUCAAGAAGAUCGAUCGAAUGCUGAGUAUGAGCAACAUGAAGCACGACGCUAUUGUUGAGCAAGGCAUUCCUAUCCAUGAGCGCGUGGAACUUCCCGCAGAGUGGAUUCCUGCAGACUCGAGGGUCGAGAUAGAUGCGAAGAUCCACGCUGGAUAUUUCACUGCUGGCCCUCAGAUGACGCAAGAGGAGCUUGCCGCUGUAAAAGGACGACAAUGGGAGCAAUGGGAGGACAUUGAUCAUUGA